AUGAUUGCAUUGGAAUUAACUUCAAAAGAUCUUACAGUGAGAUGUGCAUUGUUUGGGGAUUAUGUUAAUCAAGUAAAUCAUUUCCUUGCCUCUGGGUAUGUGGAGCAGCCUGUUGUAGUUAUUCAACUUGCAAAAGUCAAGUUCUUUCGGGGUCAAGUUGGUCUCAAAAUGUCAUGUAUGCGACAAAUGUUAUUUAAUCCUGAUAUUCCUGAAGUUGUGUUCAGGCAGAGGUGCAGUGGUACCCAGCCACUGUUUAUUGCAAAUGAGGAGGGUUCUUUUAUCAUCUUUGGAGCAAUCCAAGGUAUUGUUGAGGAUGGAGGUUGGUGGUAUUCUGCUUGUGUGUGUGGAAAAGGGUAUCCAUCCUCAAAUGGUGCCUAUUACUGUGAUUUUUGUUUGAAGCACAUAACUAAUGUUACUCCAAGAUUUAAAAUUAAAGUGACAGUUGAAGAUCAUACUGGGGAGGGUAUUUUCCUUCUCUUUGAUCGUGAGGCUUCCUAUUUGCUUAAGAAAUCAUGUGCUGAUUUGUUUACUGAAGUUCAAAGAGAUGCAAGUGUUAUAUGGGGAUACUUAUCCUCCCAUAUCCAAGGGCUGAUUGGAAAGAAGUUGCUGCUCAAGGUUGAUACCAAAGGUGUCCCACAUGAUACAUUUUAUGGACUUCCGAGUUACGAGAAUUUGUGA